AUGCCCGUCUUUCAACCGGCUAACCAGAUCAAGCUUACCAACGUAUCCAUUGUGCGUCUGCGCAAAGCGGGCAAGCGUUUCGAGAUCGCCUGCUACAAGAACAAGGUGCGCGAAUGGCGAAGUGGGGUGGAAACCGAUCUGGACGAAGUGGUGCAGAUCGAGAACGUGUUUGUCAAUGUAUCCAAAGGACAGGUUGCACCGUCGGAUGAUUUGCAAAAGGCAUUUGGCACGACCGAGAUUCCAAAGAUCUUGCAAGAGAUUUUGAAAAAGGGCGAGUUGCAGGUGGGCGAAAAGGAGAGGCAGCACGAAUUGACCAAUACCUGGAAGGACAUUGCGACGCAGGUAGCGGAAAAGUGCGUGGAUCCAUCCAGUCAGAGGCCCUACACGGUGGGCAUGAUCGAAAAGGCGAUGCACGACGUCCACUAUUCGGUCAAGACGGCGCGAAGUGCAAAGCAGCAGGCUCUCGAUGUGAUCCGGCUGUUGCAGGAAAAAAAGACGAUCCCGAUCGAACGUGCGCGCAUGCGUAUCCGCAUCACCAUGCCCAACAAGGACGGCAAAAAGAUCAAGGACAAGAUCCUGCCACUCACCGACAAGGUCGACGACGAAGACUGGUCCGACCAGUGGGAGCUCAUUGCCUCGAUCGAUCCCGGCGCACUCAAGACGAUCAACGAACUGAUCCAGUCCGAGAUCAAAGGCAGGGGCAAUGUCGAGACGCUCAAUUUCACUACGAUCCACGAGGGCGACGGGGACGAAAGGUUAGAGUAG